GAAGUGAGGCACUGUGAGACUGCUGCAGAGGGACAGAGAUACGCACGCCGGAGGACUCUCACACACCAACCUCUGCGGGGAUAUUCCUUCACUUGCAGUCCGUAUUUUGAUGCGCAGUGGCUACUUAUAGUGUUUUUCUUUUUGCUUCAUUCUUCUUUUUUUCAACACUGGAUAAAGGAAUAUUUAGGAAUAAUUAACGAGUGAUACUGAAGAGCCCAAAAGAGGAUGACAUUUGGGCAAUUUGUUCCUCUUUAGAGACAGCCUGGGUCCGACACGGAGGACGCGCACUGCGUACUUGUCAUUCCGGAUUACCGCACUCUCUUCUUUUGAAUUUGAUCAUCAUGAAAUGUGCUGGUGAAUGAUUUUCAACCCUGCGUCCCCUCGUUACGUGCCAUCGUCCCUCCUCGAGACCCGAUCCAGAUGAGAGACCCCCCCGGUGGACCUGAACCGCUUUUACGCAGACAGUCCUCGGAGCGCAGCGGCGAUCAACGCCGGACAGGAGCGGAGAGACCGUCCGUUUCCAUACCCACUCCUUGUCCUCCAACGGAUCCCUUGCGUCAGGCUCAGAGGCUUCCUAUCCGGAUCGUAAAGAUGUUGACGGCGCACAGCGGCCACUUGCUGCACCCGGAGUAUCUCCAGCCACUCACAUCCGCGCCAGUCAGCAUUGAAUUGGAUGCCAAGAAGAGUCCUUUGGCUCUGCUGGCCCAGACCUGCUCUCAGAUUGGCAAGCCAGACCCCCCCUCCUCUUCCAAGCUGGCCUCCCUCUCCUCAGGCAGUCUGGGAGAAAAGGAAUCGUCCAGCCGAUCUUCCAAGUCUGGAGAGCAGCAUCAUUCCCUGGAGGACAAGUCCAGCUUCAAGCCUUACUCCAAGUCAUCAGGCGACUGUCGUAAGGACGUUCUGGGGACAAAGGGGCCUUCAGAUAAAGCAGCUUUCAGGUUGCCAAAUGGAAGCUCCGGCAGUGGCACAGCUUCAUGUCCAUCCUUUCCUCCCCAUUCACAGUCACCCAGCUCCAGCCCUCCUCCGCUGCACACUCAGAGCCAGCCACACAGACAAAGCCAUUCCCCCUCCACGCAGCCCCCAUCACACUCCCAGGCCCCGCACAUGGACAACAAACCUGGGAGCUCAGAGCAGUCCAGCUCGGACAAUAAUAACAACAGCGCUGGCAAAAAAGACUCCGAUGCAGCGAAGUCGGGAAUGGAUGGGGCUCAGUUAGCCAACUCCAGCCACAUACGGGCCAGCGCCAACUCCAGCAAUGCCAGCUCUGCCAGCAGCCCGCGGCCGGAGAGCAAGGCCGACCCACAGGCCUCCUCACAGUCUGGCUUGGGCUCUGGGCACAUCGCCCCUGUCUCCCCUUUUAAACCUGGACAUUCUGUCUUCCCCUUGCCGCCUGCUACCAUGGGCUACCACGGCUCCAUUGUUGGGGCCUACGCUGGCUACCCCUCCCAGUUUGUUCCCGGCUUGGAUCAUACCAAGUCUAAUUUGGGGUUAGGACUUCCGGGGAAGCAUCCCAGCUCCAGCCCGCUCACUGGAGCUUCACCUCCGUCCCUGAUGCAGGGCUUAUGUCGGGACCCGUACUGUCUGACUUACCCCAAUGCACCCCACCUGGGAGGAAGCAACUGCUCCACCUGCAUCCACGAUCCCUCCAGCCUCAAGUCUGGUUUUCCCCUGGUUUACCCCUCCCACCACCUCCAUUCCCUGCACCCCAGCUCCUUGUCUUCCAACACCCCACCUUCCAUGUCCCACCCCCUCUACACCUACGGUUUCAUGCUCCACAACGAGCCGCAGCCUCACGCCUGUAACUGGGUGUCCGUCGGAGGCCCCUGCGACAAGCGUUUCGCCACAUCAGAGGAGCUACUAGCCCACCUGCGCACCCACACAGCCCUGCACGGCAUGGUGGACAGCAAGCUGUUGUCGGCCUACCCUUCAUCGGUUUCAUCGACAGCCUCUUGCCAUCUCCACCUGCCCCCCCAGAGCAGCCCAGGAACCCUGCCCAGCUCCUUCUCCCUCAGAGGCUCACCUGGCUUGGGCCUGGCUCGCUACCACCCCUACAGCAAAUCCCAUCUGCCCGGAGCGCCAGGUUUCCCUAUGACGUCCCUCCCCUCCUCCACGGCCUAUUACUCCCCCUAUGCCCUCUACAGUCAGAGACUGGGCUCAGCCUCAGCCCUCGGAUACCAGUGAUAUCAGAAAUAGUGUCGACGCCCACAGACUGCAGGCACCGGCUUGGACUCUCCAGAGCGGCCCUGAAGAUGGAUUCUUAAGAUUGGGGUCAUGCCCAGUUACAGGGCAUCCUGCCUGCUGGCCUGUCUGCCAGGAAUACCACCUGUUAGCCUCAGGAUUGGGACUGGCGCUCCAAAAGGCAAAAAAAG